GUCCCAGUAGCCAAUUUUAGUUCAGACAUCCUAAAGAAUCACAGUCCAGGUUACUUCAAUUAAAUGCAAUACCAAAAUCUCAAUUUUAAAUGUUUCUUUCCACUUCCGCUCCACUUGCAGCCAGAGUCCUAAACAUGGCAAAGAUACAACUAAACAACACCCAAUUUUAUAAAAAUAAAAGUAAUAUUAAUAGCAGCAGCUGACAGGUUAGCGUAAACACCAAACAAAACAAACCCACCUUACAAAUAUUGGACGCCAACCACCAUCACCAUCAAUAAAACUCGAAAAAGGAGAGAUCUUUACUCUUUUCUUUCUGUGUUCUUUCUGAUUUUAAACAUCAAACAACAUGUGGGAAUCGAUCUGUUUAACCUUGGCUGCUGCUGCCGGUAAUAACAUUGGCAAGGUUCUGCAGAAAAAGGGCACUGUCAUUUUGCCUCCUCUCUCUUUCAAACUCAAGGUGAUUAGAGCCUAUGCUGUUAACAAAUCUUGGGUCAUAGGCUUCCUUAUGGACAUAUGUGGAGCAAUGUUGAUGUUGAGGGCAUUAUCUCAGGCUCCUGUAUCUGUCAUCCAACCAGUUUCUGGCUGUGGUCUUGCAAUUCUUUCUGUCUUCUCGCAUUUUUAUCUUAAAGAAGUGAUGAAUGUGAUUGACUGGAUUGGAAUCACCUUGGCAGGUAUUGGUACCAUAGGAGUGGGUGCUGGAGGUGAGGAGCAGGAGGUUUCUUCCAUAUCCAUUUUCCAAUUGCCAUGGCUGGCAUUUAUUGUUGCUGUCUUGUUUAUAGGCCUUAAUGGAUGGCUUCGGGUCUGCAAACGCGAGCGAAGAGAACAGGAGACGAUGGAAUAUGAAGUUAUUGAAGAAAUAAUAUAUGGUUUGGAAUCUGGCAUUUUGUUUGGGAUGGCCUCAGUGAUAUCAAAGAUGGCCUUUGUUUUCUUGGAGCAGGGCUUCUCAAGGAUGCUGGUUCCUAUAUGCAUUUCAAUCAGCAUUUGCUCUAGUGCAACUGGAUUUUAUUAUCAGACUCGUGGUCUAAAGCAUGGAAGGGCAAUUGUGGUGUCUACAUGUGCUGCUGUUGCAUCUAUAGUGACUGGUGUACUUGCUGGAAUGCUUGCUUUGGGAGAACGAUUGCCUUCAGCACCCGCGGCCCGACUUUCACUUCUGUUAGGAUGGUUACUUAUAAUAGUAGGUGUGAUUUUACUUGUGAGUUCAACCCGGCUAUUGCGACAACUUCCACGGCCAUUAAGACACCUCAUGCGGAGCAAAGCCGAUUGGAAUUUUAAUUUGAGUCGAUCAGGGUCUAUUCGGGUGAAGGAUUCGAAUCCAAGUGCUGUUAUCCAGACAGCAACAUUGCAUCAAUUGAUAUCAACUCCAGCCAAGGAGAAAGCUUAAAUAGAAAGAGUUAACCUAAUUUUCCACCAAUGGUAAGAGGUAUAAGUUCGUUUGGUUGACACACUCGCACAACCCAAUGGAGGGUUGGUCCUGUAGAGGCUGGGUUGUACAGUGGGCCUGAUUAUGUUCGUCUGGAGGGCAUGAAAUUUUGAAGAUCAUUCCCUCUGAGAAAUAUUAUAUCGGUGAAUGCUAAAACUGAACCUUUUACACUUUUCCAUGUCCAUUUCAAGGUAUGGGUAUUUUCAAUUCCGGUCAGAUGUAAAACAUUUGUUCAAUAUGAAUGUCUGUAACAAUAUCUUAACAGAACAAAGCUUGUAUGUUUCACUUGUCACUCCUUAGUACUAGAUCUCAGAGAGCUUGUUUGGGGUUGCUUUUCUCAAA